AUGAGCGCGCCGGAGCCUUUAGUGCUUCAAGCGCUGCAGGGCUUCAUCGACCAGAGUGACAAAUGGCCUGGUCCGCGUGCCGUCAAAAUAUUCGUUUCUUCGGUUUACAAUGAAUUUCGUGAAGAAAGACGUCAAAUACUAGAACUUGUGGGUCCGGAACUACAAGCUACAUACGAUGACCGAUAUAUCGAGUUCGAGUUUGUGGACAUGCACUAUGGGACGGAUGGUGGGGAUGAAAAUAAUCCAGGUCUUCUGCGAUACCAUCUGGAUGAAAUACGCUGCUGCUAUCAAACUUCAAGAGCCGGAUAUUUUCUUUGCUUUAUUGGUGGGGACACUUCAAGCUACAAUCCUGUUCUACCAUUCAAAAUCGAAGCUGAAACAUUUGAACGACUGAUCAAAUCUGAUUCUCCGCAAACCGCUCUUAUAAAGGCAUGUUAUAGGCUCAAUGAAGAUGGAUUAUAUCAUCUAGAAGGCGAUGAAAAAUGGUACAGCGAUUUAUUAGAGCGAGAUGAACAACGCAAGAGAUUAGCGACAGUACAAAAAGUAUUCAAUACUUUAGCUCUAGAAGCUUUGGAGAAUGGAGGGAAUAUAUCUAAUUUACUACGAAGUCCUGCAGAAAUCCAGUGCGAAACAGCGCUUGAACUUUUAUCACAAGGAAAACACCCAAAAGGUUUUAUUGCCGUAUUAAGGGACAUUCCGGACUUGGAACCAGAUGACACAAAAUUAACAGUCUUAGUUCAUCAGAGGAUAAAAAAGUUGCAAAAGAAAUUAGAAGACAUUUUACCUGAAACACAUAUAAUUAGAUUAGAAGCUAUAUCAGCUGAUUCAUCACGAACCGACGCAGCAUCAGAUUCGGAAGAAAAGUUAUCACCAUUCAGAGAUCGUGUACAGACCGUAGUAAGUUCGUUGGUAGACGACACGUUAAGUACAGAGCCCGAUCAAGGCAAGGGUAGAAAAAAGACUGUACAGGAAGUGUUUCUUGAACACAUUACUCAUCUUAGAAUAUGCAUAGAACAUAAUAAACUGUAUGAAGUUAAUAUUAAGGAAAUCGAAAAUACAGCAACAACUAUUCUUAAUAAUGCUAAAGAAAACUAUGUUAGUAGAUCUCGCCAUCCACCGGUACUGAUAUAUGGGCCCGACGCUUCCGGGAAAAGUACUUUGUUGACACAUCUUUACUUUAAAUUCGAGGAAAUCUUCCCCAAACCUGUUUUGAGAAUAAUAAGAUUUUCAGCUUCUACGCCAAGAUCGGCAUACAAUUUGGAGUUACUCAGAGUUAUGUGCCAACAAAUUUCCAUUAUCCUUAACAUCCCUGAGGGCUAUCUGCCAAAAGAUGCCAGUUUUGAUCCCCUUUAUAUAAACAACUGGUUUCAAAGUUUACUGCGAAGAUGCGAAGAAAUGGAGGACGAAGUUUUAUUGAUAUUUAUUGACAAUGUACAUAGAGUAAAUCCUUUAGAGUGUGAUAUUGUAACGGGGCUGUCCUGGUUACCUAUGUCUUUACCAAGAAAUGUUUUCUUAGUUUGUACAAGCGCUGUGUCUCUAGAUCAAUUGCAAUUGACACCAGCUCAAAAAGAAAAGUUUAAAGUUCAGAAUUGUUAUUAUUUGUUAGACGCUAUUGAAGAUAUUCCUGAGAACAAUAGCUCAGGCGACUUCAUUGACGGUGCCUUUGAUAAUUUAGAAGUCGUCUUCGGCUCUAAAGCCUUUAGUAAAUUGGCUGGUUAUAUUACUUGUUCUGAAUUUGGACUGACGGAACUUGAGCUGUUGGAACUUUUGAUGCCAACAAGCAAUAGCGAAGCUGUUAUUACAUUGAAGGAGGCUAACUUCAACUUCUCUACGUUGUGUGUCAUCAAGCAUAUGAUGAAAUCUAUAAUUGAAGAAAACGUUGUGUCUGGUCGGAGCACGUGGCGCUGGCGGGCUGCGGCUGCAAGCUCACGAGCUCGUCGUCGCUAUGUACGAGUGCAAACUGCCUUACGAGACGCGCAUUCAGACCUCGCUGCACUGCACUUUGCUAACUUCCUCAAUGACGCUGAUGACACAGACACAUCGGAAACCCAGGAACCUGGUUGUGUGGAUGAUGACGACGCCCUUCUAGAUUCAACUCCAUUCCAUUCAGCCAGUAGAACAGCCGCUGCAUUUACUCAGAGACACGUGGAAGAGUCUUGGCUGCAUUUAUUACUAGCUGGUGAUUUCACUAAACUUAAAGAUCUCACCGUCUGCAAUUUUGAUUUCUUGCUUGCUGCUGUACAAACUGUAACGAUAUCGUAUCUCCGCUGCAUCCUGGAGCACGUCCGCUGCUACAUCCUGGAUCGCGACGUCGAGCUUGUGUACGGAGCGGUACGGAAGUCUAGUGACAUACUUACACGUGAUCCAAUGCAAUUAGGAGCACAGAUAAUUGCAUGGUUGCGUCCGGCGGUUGCCCGUCGUGGUGUCCUCGCAACAUUGGUAACUGCGGCCAUGGCCUGGUGCGAUGGCUACGACAAACCUCUACUGGUUCCACUCAAUGGAUGGCUUCAUCCACCCAUAGCGUCAACUGUCCGGGUGGUUUCUGUCGGAGGUUCCACUCCUGGAGCUGGUAUUAGAUUAUUACAGCUCGCGCCAUCUGGACAGCACUUGGUAUUAGCACCAUCAGCUGGCGAUCCACAGCUUUGGCAUGUGAUGUCAAAUUCUAAAGUUCACACUUUUAAAGGUCAUUCCGGACGCAUUUUAUGUAUGUGUGUAACGCGGGAAUCUCAAUAUCUUCUAACUGGUUCUGAAGAUACGAGCGUCAUUGUCUGGGACUUGCAUACUUUGGCUGUGAAGACAAAAAUAUUGGAACACAUAGCGCCAGUGUUGUGUGUAGCGGCCAUUGUAAAUCGAUCUCUAGUUAUCAGCGGAGGCGAGGAUUCAGCAGUUAUCGUUACCUCAUUAGUGGACGGAGCUCUGAUAACAAAGUUGGACCACCACCGCGGUCCGGUGACAGCUAUCAAAGUAAUCCAAGAUGGGGAGAUUCUAGUUACAUGUUCACAAGAUGGUACUGUUUGCACGUGGAACGUUGACAACUUUGCACUGCUGAGUACUGUAACGGCAGGUGUACCGAUACACGCCAUGGAAGUCACUGAAGACAACGUUUUCCUCGUCACACUGCAAGGAGAAAAUGAAUUACAUAUUCGUACUUUCAUCACGGGCACUCAUUUGCAUGUACUGAAACGUCAUAAGACUAAGGUGAAAUGUUUCUGCGUGGGCCAUGAUUCUUCUAGAGCUGCAGUUGGUUGUGCUGAUCAAAGGAUAUACGUCUAUAGCUUACAUAGCGCUCAGCUACUACGAACAUUAGCAGCAGCACAUGACCUCUCAGCGCUAGCGAUUGCUGAUAAGGAUCACUUUUUAUUAGCUGCUGGUGGCAACAGAGUGACAAUAUAUUCAUUUCAUACAGAAGAUAAUUUAACUAAUUUUAGACCAACGAAACAAAUGAAACGACGUCAAACAAAAUCCACAACCAACAUCACACUACUACAGGCCGAACAAAGUGAACUGAUCCCAAUAAGCUGUCUCGAAGUAUCGAGGGAUGGCCAACUUGCGGCUAGUGGUUGCGCGAGAGGCUUAGUCCGAGUAUGGCAACUCUCUACCCACAGACUGCAAAAUACACUAAGUGGACAUAUGGGUCACAUAACUUGCGUUACAUUCAGCCCAAAUAAUUUAAUGGUAUUAAGUGGGUCAGAGGACAGGACUGUUGUAGUUUGGCAGUUGGCAGAUAACUCAGCAUCAUUGACGUACAAGGGUCACCAAUCUGCUCUUCAAGUACUAUUGAUGAUGUCUGAUGGUAGACGCGCUAUGUCCGGAGACCGCGCCCGCACCGUACACGUAUGGCUCGUGGAUUCAGGCAUAGUACUGCUCUCAGCAAACUGUCCUACAACCAGCAUUGAUGUUACCCUUAAUAUGAAAUUUGCGGUUUUAUCUGAUGGGGAUAAUUCGGUUCGAAUCUGGACCUUAGCCGAAGGAGACAGUGGCGAGGAAAAGCGUUCCGUGUCUCACGCAGAGCGUGUCACUUGCUUUGCUCUUACAGCAGAUUCCCAGCAUGUGGUGACUGGAUCUAUGGACAUGUCGCUCAAAGUUUGGCAACUAAACGGUGGAAAGUUAUCUCAGGUUUUAGUAGGUCAUACCGACAUAGUGACUUGUGUUGCUGUCUCGAUCACAAACAAGACUCAAGUGGUAUCUGGUUCGUGGGAUUACAACUUAAUUGUGUGGGAUAUAAACACGGGUUCUGAUGUUCAUCUGUUAUCUGGUCAUUUGGGCAAAGUUACUUGUGUGAAAGUCACUGGCGACGGAACGAUUGCAGUUUCGGGUGCGGAAGAUAAAACACUCAUAAUAUGGGAGACAAAACGGGGUCUUGCUCUGACAUCACUAGCGUUGCACGUGCCCGCACUCACCUUCCAGAUUACUAGCGAUUGUUCGCGCAUCGUUGUUCAUCUUUCAGAUAGAGGUUGCCUGCCAAUCAUCUGCCUACACAACACUCCAGCAACGUACGUUAAAAUACCAACAUAUGCCGCACCCACUAAAAACGUCGACGAACUGCGACCAUUGGCACCAAAACGUCCUAUGAGGAGAUUGCUUAAGAAGGAAGUAUCACUAGAUACGUACACUUGGCAAAAGAAAUACGGACAUCUUACAUCAGCAGCGAUGAUGGCACAAGUUGACGAACGAUUAAAGAGAAGAUUUUCUGUGUCAGCGUCAAUGGAAGAGAUAUCUAAAAUCCAAGAAGCUAAGAACAAAGAUUUGGGUUCACAGGUUAGUCUUGGUCCAGAACAGGCAGCAAUCGCUCAAUCACAGCAUUUUGAUCAGCUGGAAGCUCUAUGGAAUAAAAUAUCACCCCCGAGGCGACGAUCCAAUAAGACACUUUCAAAGCAAAGUUCACUCGUUGAGAGACUUGAUUCUUCAGACGAGGAUCACACCCCAGUUGAAGAACAAGAACACAUGGUGGAGUAA